AUGCAUCAUAUCAGCAGAUAUAGACUUAAACUAAUAAAAAAAAGAUAAUAUGCUAUGGGGGAUGACAAGGGCCAUCGAUGAUAUUAUUAGAAAAUUUCUUUAGCCACCUCCCUAUGGGGGUCACCCCCAACGAAAUUCCAAAAUUACCCCUGCUUCGGAGAUGCAUCUUCGAAGUUUUUUUUUUUUUUUUUUGAUUUUUUUUAAUUCGGAAAUGAAUCUCCGAAACACCAAAAAAUUCAAAAAUUUUACAACUCCGGUUGUUCGUCCACCUGUUGCAGCGCUCUUUGUUCCAUCUGUUGCACCGCCAGUUAUUACUCCAUCUGUUGCUGCGCCGGUUGCUUCCUUGAGUUCGACUCUGAUUUCCAUCGAGAGUCUGACUGCCGAAGUUAAACAGAAGGCUACUCUAGAGUCGGCCCCGUCGUCUCAGAUGGCGGUUAGGUUCCCUAACCGACCUGGUUACGGUCAAUUGGGAAGGAAAAUUCAAGUUCGUGCUAAUCAUUUUCAGUUGCGAGUGACUGAUAAGGAUCUACACCACUAUGAUGUAUCUAUUUCUCCAGAAAUUACUUCAAAAAAAGUGUGUAGAGAAAUUAUCAACCAGUUAGUUAAAAUGUAUAAGGAGAUGAACUUCCGGUUCUUCUUCCUCCGGACAUCCACCUCCUCCGUCAUAUAUAUGAGAAUCAAUCGGGUUAAACUUGACUAAAGCACGCUUCAUAUAUAUGAAUGUACUAGUACUCAUUAACUGUACUAAUACAGUAUCCUACAAGAUAUUUUACAACAUGUUUAAAUGAUAACAGCUAUGUUAACAAAAGGGCAACAAUUUCUACAUGUCUUGGUAAAAACAGUAAAAGUAAAGAAAGUGUAAUUACCGGGAAUAUGAAAAGAAGGAGGUAGGUGGACAAGGUUGGGUUUGGUUCAGUGAUGUGAAGAAAGUGAAUCGAUGUAAAAACAAUAAAAGUAAAGAAAGUGUAAUUACCGUGUUUAACAAUAUGUAACUUUAAUCUUAUGUAAUGUGAUCGAUGUAAUCUUCAUCCGAUUAAAUAAAGCGAAUCGUUCUUGUUUGUUAUUUUUCU